CUUUGAAAAAUAACACAUUUUUCCUACUUUUGGACAUAAGAAGAGGAAGCACGAUUCUGGCCUACGGACGUAUAUGGAUUGGGAAGAGGAGAUUAGAAAUACAAGAAGAAAAGAAAGGCGAGGAUGGGCGGCAAGGGUGGUCCUUUCUCCUUUCGCCGGACCAGCGCUCGCCGCCGUCUCAAGAAGUCUCCUCAGACCACCCACGCGACGCCCGGAGAUGCCGCCGCCUCCUCGCCACCUAUCAACAACAACAAUAACAGCUUGAUCGCCGCCGCAGCCGCAGCCGCAGCCGCCGCCACUGCUGGGGGCGUUAAGGGGAAGAAGAAGACUGGUGGAGCCAGGCUAUGGAUGAGAUUCGAUCGCUCGGGGCAAUCGGAACUCGUCGAAUGCGACAAGAAUACUAUAAUUCGCCGCGCUUCCAUUCCCCCUCGCGACUUGAGGAUUCUUGGACCUAUCUUCUCUCACUCUUCUAAUAUCCUUGCAAGGGAGAAGGCCAUGGUGGUUAAUUUAGAAUUUAUUAAGGCAAUUGUUACAGCUGAAGAGGUGUUGUUGCUUGACCCUCUUCGUCAGGAAGUCCUUCCAUUUGUGGAUCAACUUAGGCAACAACUUCCUAAGCAAGGGCCAUCUCAGAUCAAUGGAGCAGCAGGUACUUUUGGGGACCAAGAAAAUGAAAUGAAUGAUUUAACAAGUAGACAUUGGUUACCUGUUCCAGAGGCCGUUGAAGGUCUGCAAUGUGAGCUUCCAUUUGAGUUUCAAGUUCUUGAGAUUGCAUUGGAGGUUUUUUGUACUUUCCUGGAUUCUAGUGUGGCAGACCUUGAGAGAGAAGCUUACCCUGUUUUGGAUGAACUAGCAAGGAAUGUAAGCACUAAGAAUCUUGAACUUGUCAGGAGUUUAAAGAGCAAUCUUACUCGUCUGCUUGCACGAGUUCAAAAGGUGAGGGAUGAAAUCGAACAUCUUCUGGAUGACAAUGAAGAUAUGGCACAACUGUACUUGACAAGGAAGUGGAUCCAGAACCAACAAUCUGAAGCAUUGUUGGGAGGUUCUGGUUCAAAUAGCAUCAACACCAGUGCUACUCAUCUUCCUCGGAUUAGUUCUAGGAGAAGUGGGAGUUUGGUAAGCAACCGCUUCGAUGAUAAUGAUGUUGAAGAUCUGGAGAUGUUGCUUGAGGCAUAUUUCAUGCAGCUGGAUGGAACACGUAACAAGAUAUUGUCUGUCCGUGAGUACAUUGAUGACACAGAAGACUACGUCAACAUUCAACUAGACAACCAGCGAAAUGAACUCAUUCAGCUCCAGUUGACAUUAACAAUUGCGUCAUUUGCCAUAGCAGUCGAAACUCUGAUCGCGGGAAUGUUCGGUAUGAACAUUCCCUGUACUUUGUACGAAACGGAGGGGAUAUUUGAGCUCUUUGUUGGAGGUAUUACUGCAGGUUCUCUAUUACUUUUCUUACUUGUUUUAGGAUAUGCCAGAUGGAAGAAGCUGCUUGGCUCAUAAGUUCUUUGUUACCAUCUCGUCUUGUUUGUUUUGUAUAAUCUGUAAAAUUGAUCACUACUCAUCUCAAUUCACGAAUCCCUCUAGCAGAAAAUCUCUGUACGCAAUUGUAAUUAUUGUAUAUUUCUCUGGGGUUGGAUGGAAAAAUAAAAUACUAGACUUACAAUUGCUUUCUUUUGCUUAGGAUCCAUGUUUCAAGAAAUACCUUCGACAAGGCAAGUGAUUUUUAUUUUGGAUCCAUUCUUGAUUUGAAUGGUGUUGGUGUUGCUA